AUGUCACGGCCGGCUGGCAGUCAACAAACCCAUUAUGAGGUUCUUGGAUUGUCGAGGUCGUGCACCCAGGAGGAAAUCAAGCAGGCGUACCGGAUAAUUGCCUUAAAGCACCACCCGGAUCGAGGCAAGUCGGGGAACGUCGAGCUAUUCAAGCGGGCCGUCGAAGCCUACGAGACCCUGGGCGACGCCACAAAGCGCAGAUCCUACGAUAUUUCAAUCGCUCCGCAGCCAAAAGUCAGCUUUGGCACCCCUAACAUGUACAGUUCCGGAGCGUUUAGUGAUCUGUUCGAUUUCACCUUCCAGGAAGUUUACACUGGUAUGCCCAAACGGCGCCCGGCUAGCACCAGCUCGAGGUUUUUUAGUGACUUCAACUUUUUCAAUUUCGGCGACCCGUUUGAGUUCAAAAUGCCCUGGAGUCGAAGAGCCGCUUCCUCUACGUUCAGGUCCAGCAAUGGAUCGGCGCGCAGAACGCCAUCGGAGCCGAAACCUUGGAAGACGGGCCCCAGUCGCCAUUUUGCCGAGUCUUCGAAUGUGAACUCAUCUGUACAUGAAUCUUACGACCGCGCGACCCGAAUUCCUACUGCCGGUUCGGACUCUCCAGAACCUCAAUCUCCGACCCCAGAGUCUUCUCCAGAAAUUCCAAGAAAUCGUAAAACAGACCCUGGACCGUCAGUUGAUCCGUCGAUUAUUGAUUUGACGCACGAGAGCGGAGACGAAGCUGAGCCAGAAGUGGUGCAUGAGUCGCCCAAACGACAAAGAAGCUCAACCGACACGGACAGCCUACCCCGAUCCAAGCGAGCCAAAUUCGACCUGCAUAAUAUGGGCUCUGUGCCCCCUUUCUCUCAAACUAAUGGAAACUUCACAAUGGGAGACAUGGCAACCAGCAUGCCCAAUGUGAGUCCCCGAGCAAGACAGUAUAAUGCAUCCAAGCGGGAGUCGCGCAGGGCCAGCAAACGACCUCGCACCAGCAGCUCCCAAAAUGUGCCUAUGUUCAGUGGAGUACCUACCCUUAAUCAGGCACUAGACCAUGCCGAAAAGGUCCGUGACUUCCUUUACCAAAACCUCGACUACAGUGAGACAUUGUUCACAAACGUGGGCUCCAGUGCUCAAAAGCUAAAGUCGCAAACCGGAGAACUUGUAAUGAAUCCCAAAAAAGUCCAAGAUCUCAUCGACGGCACCCGCGCAGAUAUCCAAUGUAUGCGGGAAUGGAUCGAAAAAAUGGAAACGCAGCAAAAAGUGCUGGAGAAUUGGAAACCCACUUUAGAUCGCAUAACUUAA